UUUAAACACCGGAAAUAGAAUGAGUAUAAAUAUUAAUUAAGACGGGCUGCUGAGAAAGUUGUCUGCAAAUGUUGAAGUUAUUUCGAAGGCGUUCAGAAGGUGUUAGAAAUUGGUGGACGUGGGCAAAAUGUUAUUCCACUCCAUGUUAAAAUUAACCAGCAUGUGACAUUUCUGACUGAUUUGAUUCGAGAAACCGUCUUUCUUUUCGUGUGACGGACUUUACUGAUAGUGAUCGCUCCAGCCCCUGCGGAGAUGGUAAUUCUCGCACUCAAGAGGAUAAUGGGUUUUGCAUAAUUUUCUGAUGACUAGACGUCGUAAAUCAAAAUGUUCAGUAAAAGCAAGAAAUCGAAAGAAGGAAAGGUGCGCAAUGGGAAAGAUAGCCCUAGUCAUGGCCCGUUCAGCAGCAUGACCGCCUCGUUACCGAAGAAUAUCUUCUCUGGGAAAACCCGAAAGAAUUCUGGAGGUUAUGUGAUUGCGGAUGGAGUAACCCAUACUUCGUCUGCCAAAAACGGCCAGACCAUGGGGUCAUCAGAAAUACUAACCCGGUCCCAGACACUGAGUCAUUCCCCAGCACAUGCAUAUUAUUUUGAAGGAGGGACAAACAGUCAUGGUGGGGGAAGCCCAUACCACAGUCCCGCCAAUCCAGCCCUAUCUAACCCUGCCCUGUCCAACGCCCAUGGGAGUCCCUUCAGCAGCCCCACCAAUUCUGGAGGGAAAGCAAGCACUCUUGGUGGUGUUCGGUCACUGAGGGAAAAAUACGAGCACGAGACAAGUCCCCAGCUGAGUGACCGGUCACUUGAGAGACAGAUUGAUAGACUUCAUAUGUUAGCACAGAGUGAGUCUAAUUCUAGCAUUAGUCCAAGAGACUUGCACAAUUACUCCAUGACGUCUAGUUUCAGUAGAGAUAGAGUUACAGACAGAGAAUAUCCUCAUAUGGGAGCAAGGUCGUUGGAGCGUGACCACCACUACCCAGGACGGUCACGCUCAAUGGAACGCCCGGACUACACAACACAGUUAUACAACCAAGAAAUGAGAAACUUUCGUGACACUUUCAUUCUGGAUUUGGAAGGACAAAUAGCUGAUUUGAGCAAGGAAUGUGCCAAGCUUCACCAAGAGCUGGACUCGACCCGAGAGAAGCUUAGCUCCAGCAUGAACAGCAUAAAAACAUUUUGGAGUCCAGAGCUGAAAAAAGAAAGGGCCCUAAGAAAGGAAGAAAGUGCUAAAUAUUGUUUGUUAAAUGAACAACUCAAAGUGGCUCAGGCCGAGCUAAAGAAACAGUCGUCUGUUAUCCAAAGUUUGGAGAACCAAGUCAGCCUGGGUGAAGAUGUUGAAGCAAGUUCACGGAUUUCUCAGCAAGAAAAUGAGAUUCUCCAGAGAGAGAAAGACAAGCAAUCAAAAGAAAUACUCAUCUUACGUAAGACAGUGGACGAGAUGGAGUUGCGGAUUGACAUCCAGAAACAGACACUAUCUGCCCGAGACGAGAGCAUGAAGAAACUGCUCGAGAUGUUACAGAGUAAGGGUCAUUCAAUCAGUAAUAUACAGGAGAACCAGCACGAGAUCGAGAGUCUGCAGGCGCAGCGACUCGAAGACGAGCGCAAAAUCAAACAGCUCCAGAAUGAACUUAGUCAACAGUCGGAUGAGUCCACUGCUCUUAAAGAGGAAAAGAAUCAUCUCUCUGACGAGCUAAAACAACUGAACCUGCAGUUGAAGCAGAUGCCAGCCAGCACACACACGAUGAAAGCCAUGCUAGAAGCCAAGGACUCUCGUAUCGCUGCUCUGGAGAAGGAUGUCCAGGCUCUGGAGGACCGUAUCAUGAAAAACCAGGUAGACGGAUCCGAGGGGAGUGGGAAGAAGGAGACCGGUCCCAAAGACAGCUUAUCUAGUAAAGAAAAACAGCUCAGGCAGGAGGUUGAGAGGUUGAAAACAGAAUUGUCUAGAAAGGAAACAGAACUAGAGGGUCUGAAAUUGAAAGUAGACACAUUGACAAGUCAACAGUCUGAGAACAAGCAACACAUCACAGUACUGAAGGACCAGGUGUCUGCUAAAGACAAACAGCUAGCCAUGUUACAGUCAGAGAUUGAUGAAAUUAGAGAGAAGUUGAAGGAGAAGAACUCUACUAUUGAUAAGAAUGACCAGAAAUCCCAGAGUCUGCAAUCUGAGAAAAGACGCAUAGAAAGCGAGAUAACAGAGCUCCGUGAGCAGAUAGAGACAAAGGAACGAAAAAUCACUCUCCUACACAGAAAGAUUGAAGCUCUGGAAGAAGAUGUAAAAGAAAAAGAUGCAACAAUAUCUCAGCUGAAGGCAUCACAGACCCACAUGGAGACCACCACUUCUGCCAUCGCAACUCUAGAGGAGACCAUUACAGAGAAAGAGAGGCAGAUAGAGAGGCUGAAGGAACAGAGAGACCGGGCUGAAUCGGAGCACCAGGAGGAAUGUGACCUCUACAUGAAACGAAACCAUGAACUGAAGGGUCAGGUGGACAAACUACAACUGGAGGUCACAGACAGACAGACUGAGCUUUGUGAACUGAGAGAGAAGGUGACAGAGGCAGGGUCUGAGAAGUUUAAAACUGAGGCUCGCAUCAAACAUCUGGAACAGGAAGUUCAUGAAAAGACAGAGGAAAUUCAGAAGCUAAAGGCUGAUGUUGAGGAGAAAACAAUAGCUGCAAAGGAAACAACUAAAAAUGAAGAGGGUGAGAAGAAGAUUACGGACCUGACGUCUCUGGUAGAGAAACAGGAAGAGGAAACAAAGUCAUCCAAGGCGGAGAUGGAGAGGUUACAAACUGUCAUUACAGAGAUGGAAGACGAUAAGUCUAAAAAAGAGAAGGACAUUGCAGAAAUGCAGGACAUAAUAAAAGAGUACAAGCAAAAAAUGGGAACCUUAAAACGUAGCCAGCAGAUUGAGAAGAAGAAGAGUGCCCAUUUAUUGGAGGAGGCGCGGCGAAGAGAAGGGGACCUCAAUGAAGAUGCCUCACAACUGAAGGAUGCUGUGAUUGCCAAGGGAGACAGAAUAGAGGAACUGGAGGAAGCACUGAAAGAAAGUGUCCGGAUCACAGCAGAGCGAGAAAUGGUGAUGGUGGAACAGCAGCAACAGCUGGAGGAGGCGGAACGCAAGGUAGCUGAGCUGACGAUGGAGCUUGCGCGGAACAAGACUACGGAGAACAGCGCACGGGUGAACUUCCUGACCAAGCAGCUGGAGGAUAAGGAGAUGAAGCUGAAGAAGCUCCAGUCUGAGAGACACAAGCACCUGGAAGAGGUGUACGAAAUGAAACAAGAGGCCAUUCAGGCUGCUAUGAGUGAAAAGGAUGCCAACAUUGCACUUUUGGAGAUGACCAGUACAAAACAGAGAAAGAACACUGAGGAAAUAGAAAAACUGAACCGAGAGAAAGAAAAGUUACAGCAACAACUCAAGGAAGUGACACAGAAUCGGAUGAAGCUGAUUCAAAAGCAGGAGAGACGAAGCGAGUCCCUGGGGCGUUCCAAAAAAUCUCCAAGUCACAAGUCCAAGGGGAUGUCACCAGACCGUGUCAACCCGUAUGUUCUCACCGCCCCUGCUUCUCUAGAUUCAUGACACACGCUACAGGAUAACUGACCCGGGUCAUCAUUGCAGGAAAACUAACCAAUAGAGUAAUGCUAAUCAAUGAUUACAGGACACCGGUAACCGGAAGAACUUUACAGGAUGACUGAUUGUCUACCAUGAUGAAAAAAGACAAUUGCAAUGAAUGUGAUCUGUAUUAAGACUAAAUACAUUUAGGUUAUUUAUAUCAUUUUGAAUGCAAGAAUCAUGACAUGCUGAGACAUGGUCCACUGUGCAUGGAGCUAUGUAGAAUGCAGUUGUCAGACAUUUACUUCUGACAUUUAGACAAGAGUACUUGAACCUUUAAUCAGUGAGAAAUUUAAUUUUACUUAAAUUCGUAAAGUCAUCUUGUACGAAAAAAUAUGAAUCUCUUGAAUAUUCAACCAACAGGUUAACUUUGGUAGAUUUAUGUAAUGUGAACAAUUUUGAUACUGUAUUUGGGAAAAUCAUGUUUCACUGAUCAAUCUAGAUCACCAUGGGAACUUGCAGAAAAUGAAUCCUCGCUAAGUUUUAGUGGUUUAUGAUUUAUAGUAUUUCUUGAUGUGGGCCACAAUUAAUUCCCCGUGCUGUAGACCAAACCCAGUUUGACCAACAACAACAAUAGCUUCUGUGAUUGAUGUAUAAUUCUUACACCCUGCGACCAUACUACAAGAUUUCCUUAUCUGUAUAUCCUGGUGUGAAAUAAGUAUCAGAGUUAAUCCAAGAGAUCAACAGAUUCCUCUUCACAGAUAUUGUCUCUGGAGAAUCUGGUAAAUGAUGAGGAUGCUAAGGGAGAGAACUGUAGUGAACUUGGUUAAGGAUACAGUGUGUUGAAUGUUUUCUAGCGCUUUUAAUAGUUAAUGGCCAGUAUUGUAUUACACUGUUUAUUCAAAUCCCUUUUAGUCCCGAUACCUUUCUGCAAAGUUUUGUCUGCUGCAGUGAAUAAUGCACAUCACACAAUGACCUUACAUGUGUCUGUUGAGGUGAUAUUUAGUGAGAGUAUAUACUAAUGCUAUGCUUUGAUGUACUAGAGUCCAGUUCAUGUACUUAAAGAAGGAAUAGGGUGCACUAUAACAUGACAUGAUAUUACCUCAAAAGCUGAGAACAACUCUGCUACCUUUUUUCUGGGCCAGAGGCAAUACUGAGUGUGUGGGGGUGUAAUCAAUCUGAUGUACUGUUUGGAAUAGUCAUGAUUUAGCGCUUGUCGAUGUGUUUCAUAGUGGAUGAAUAUUUUAGCACAGCUGUAAAGUAGUACUCUUGCUUCACUGCCAAAGGUGCUAUAAUACAUGUAUGAGUCCCGCUAAAUUAAUGGUGUGUACGCAUACAGUAUUCUGUGAUCGAAGAUAGGGGUUUAUUUCCAAGAUGCAGAGCGCAAAGGAUGCUUAAUCAUGUGAGAUUUGUUUUUGAUAAUCUUUUUUCUGAAAAGAGAUUUAAGGUAAUUUUCGAAAGAUUCAAAUUUUAUUUAUUAAUAUAUUGAGUUUAUUUUUAUGUGUGGAAGCUUUAAUGACAAUAUGAAUUCCAUUGAGAUUUUUCCUCUCUGUGUGGCUUGCUGUUAUGGUUUGUCUUGUGUGACAAAUUGCCAUAGCGGAAGGUAAUAAAAUAAUGUUGUGAUUUACACUGUGCAGUUUUAGAAAUGUGGCGCAACCGCGUAUGGAAUAUUUUUUUCCUUUUUUUUUUUUGUAAGAAGGCUUAAAUGCAGAGAAAGAUGGACUAUGUAAUUCAGUGUUGUAAAGGACUAUUUCCAAUUCAAUACACACAUUUUUUUAUCUUGCCAAAAUAUCUCUCCUUGAUGAUUCUUUCUCACUGUCCAGUGUUAAGUGAGGACACCCUCACCAUGUUUAGGGGAGAAUACACACAUCAUUGUUAAGGCAGAUCUAAUAGAUAGGGACACCUGGAUAUGCUUUUCAAAUACUGUAAAUAAAUUGUUUUUGACAGAGAAUAUCAGUAGGUAUAUGUCCCCACACCACUAAUGUAAUGUUUUAUAUUUUUCACAUUAUGUGGGUCAUGUUUAUGGGGAUGUAACUGUAAGGGCAGAAUAUUUGUUUUCACAGUACACUUCUUGCCACAUAAAGAUUGUCCUCACUUAACGAGUUUUAUCCCUCUCUCUCUCUCUCUCUCUCUCUCUCUCUCUCUCUCUCUCUCUCUCUCUCUCUCUCACAUCAUUAUUAAAUCUAAGGUAAUAUAUUAAAUCUCUUUUAAAUGCACUACCCAGUUUGUAGUUUAUGAUGAAUCAAAGCUAUAAUCAAUCUUUCAAGAACAUUUGGCCUGAAAAAAUUUAAUGGUGGAAAUUGUUGAAUCAUAGACCCACUGCUUGCAUUAACAUGUCAAUGCAUUAGCAUAAUGAUAUCAGUUGAAUAAUAUGUGACAGGUACUAUGUGUAUAACUUUUUCUACAUUUGCAAUGCAUGCAGGCAAUAUUUAGCCAAAUAUUGAUAUUCUUUUCCUGCAUAUACAAAGUAGCUUAAAUAGAGGAGCUGCACUAUAUGUAAAGAACACUCGCACUUUCGUUUCUGUUAACCAGAAUCCAUAUUUGCAUGUACACGCUUGAAAAACUUAACUGCAUAUUUAUUUUUAGGUGUGUAUUUUUGACCUUGAUAUACACCUACCACAAGUUAUUUUUAGAUUCACUGAACGCGGUGCUGUUUGUGUAUUAAUUUAGUUUAUAAAAAUUUCAAUACUACGAUUGUGUUCAUUUUCAGUUGAUUUUGCAGCAACUAAGUCCUUUUAGAUUGUUUAUUUGUUUUUGUAAGUUGUAUACUGCAUUACAUGUAUUUGAAUGUCUGUUUGUAUGUUUAUUUUUUUUUUUCAUUCACAUUCAAUUUGUCCCAUUUUAUCAAAUUAACAGGAAGGGAAAUAACUCUUUCAGCUUCUGUUGGAUUGGGUAUGGUUCCAUUUUUGAAAUCCACACUCGAUUAAGAUAAGGAGAAAUUUUAUUAUAGUAUGUCUUGUAUUGUGAAAAAAUGUUUUGUUAUCAAUUCUGAUAUUAUAUUUUUACUUGAUUUUUGGUAAACAUUUUGAUAGAGAUUAGUUUUACAGUAUUUGGGAAAAUGAAAUUCUCUGGUAUCGGUUCAUUUGUCGAUGUUAUGAAGGAAUUUCAGGUAACAUUUGAUAUUUGUGUCAGAGAGAACUUUAUUUAUUUGUUUAUGACCAGUGAUUUUUCACAAAAGUUUUUAAAACAACCUUUUGGCUAAUCAGAGGGAAAGUUUUUAUUGUGAAAGAAUAUGCACAAUUGAAAAAACAAAUGUGCCUAAAAUAACCUGAAUUUUCAAGUCUAUAUAGUUAUAUAUGAAAUUCAUUGAUGAUGAUAAUGAUAUAUGCUGAUAAUAAAAUUGUUUUGAAUCUUGCUGGUAGGAUAUGAACAAAACUUAGCAUUAUAAAAUUACGUGUAUUUCUUUUUAAUUUAUUUUAAAUUUAACAAACAUUAAAGAGAAGUUAGUAUAGAUUUGAAGGGUUGUGCAUUUGUGUGAUGCUGUUUGUAUUUAAUUUUCAGAGAUCUAGUUUUAUUGAUUCGCUUACAAAUUCAACAUUUAGAAUUUAUACUUACUAUUUAAACAAUCACCAUUUGACCUUUCGCUGUUUAAACUCUUGCCUGUUUGAGAGUUGUAUAUAGUUAGUGUGUGAAACCAAUGUGUUUUGAUAAAUCUCCUUUCUGUAUUGAGAUAAAAAUGUCUGUUGUGUAUUCAAUAUGAUAGUGCCAGCGUUUUGUUCAAAACAAUGUAUUGAAUAAUUUCUAUGUGUGUAUGGUGAAUUGUUGUUGAGCCAUCAGCAUUUCACAAUUAGUGUUGAUUCUGUGAUUUUAAACAUUUGCUGGCAUUGCUUAGAAUAUGUAUACACAAAUAAAAUAUGUCUAACACCAAA